ACCCCUCCUAGCGCUGUAGGGUCACUUGCCCUUCCCCAGCUCUCCUCUCUCUGAUCUUUCCCCGCCGCAGCGAGAAAAAAGAGCAACCCUAACCAUGGCCUCUCCUUCUGAUAUCGUUAUCCACAACGGCGCCGCCGCGAAAUACCCGCAGCACCAGAAUCUCAACUUGCAUUCCCUCCCCCCAGCCCCCGCCGAAUCUCAAGUCGCAGUUGGCCGCCCCCGUCGAAGGUCUUCAUCCGGGGACCGACACAGCAAGGUCUACGGCAGGGGAAGGCGGGUGCGGUUGCCGGCACUCUGCGCUGCUCGUAUCUUCCAGCCAACCAAAGAACUCGGCCACCGCUCCGACGGCGAGACCAUUGAGUGGCUGCUCCACCAGGCCGAGCCCUCCAUCAUAGCCACUACCGGCACCGGGACUGUACCGGCCGCCCCCAUCUCUUCCUCCGCCCCGGUGAACGCUUCUUCGCCGUCCAUCUCCUGCCCUGUCUUCACGCCGCCUCCUAGCUGCCGUCUCGGCUUGGAGUACCGAAGCAUGCCUUUCACCGCUCUUUUGCUACAGCCACUGCCCCCCGGUGAAGGACGGCGUCAGCAGGAACAGGGCCAUGGACAUGGAGAGAGCAAGGAACAAGAGGCAUAACUGCGGUCUUUUUCUCUUCUCCCUAAUGUCUGUCUGUCUGUCUGUAAAUCCUUUUUAGUUUUCAUGCUAGGAAUGGAAAAGCCACAGGGGAGAUGGAGAAUUAGAGAUCUCGCUGGCUGUUCAUCGACUCAAUGGAACAUGUUAGCUUCGAGUACCAAGAUUUUGGAAAGUAGGACCCACCAUUUGCAGGAUCAU